UUCUUCUUUGCAAAAACACUAGAGUUUUCUACUCACACGGACGGGAGGGAGACGAGAAAAGGAAGACAACGAUGGUGUCUCUGAAGUUACAGAAGCGGCUCGCCGCUAGCGUCCUGAAGUGUGGCCGUGGCAAGGUUUGGCUUGAUCCUAAUGAAAUCAAUGAAAUCUCCAUGGCCAACUCCAGGCAGAAUGUUAGGAAACUUGUUAAGGAUGGUUUUAUCAUCCGGAAGCCUACCAAGAUUCACUCCCGAUCUCGUGCACGCAGAAUGAAAGAGGCCAAGAGAAAGGGUCGUCAUUCUGGCUAUGGUAAGAGGAAGGGUACCAGGGAGGCAAGAUUGCCUACAAAGAUCCUUUGGAUGAGGAGAAUGCGAGUACUAAGGCGUUUGCUUCGUAAGUACAGGGAAUCCAAGAAGAUUGACAAGCACAUGUACCAUGACAUGUACAUGAAGGUGAAGGGUAAUGUAUUUAAGAACAAGCGUGUCUUGAUGGAAAGCAUCCACAAGUCCAAGGCUGAGAAGGCAAGAGAGAAGACACUCUCAGAUCAGUUUGAGGCCAAGCGAGCUAAGAACAAGGCGAGCAGGGAGAGAAAGAUGGCCAGAAGGGAAGAACGCCUUGCACAGGGACCUGGUGUGAAAGCAGCACCUGCAGCUGCACCGCAACAGGCCGAGGGAGUUAAGAAGUCAAAGAAGUGAAUGAAGUAAUGUUUUGUUUUUCUCUGUAUGAGUUUGAAUGCAAAACUCGGUUUUCAUUUUGUGUUUUAGAUCUUCAGUUUUAUAUAAUUAUAGAAUUUUGAUGAAACCACUGAGCUGUUAUAAGAAAUGGAAGAUGUUUGUGGUAUUGUUUAUUAGUAUAAUGUACUAUUAUGUUGAAUGUGCUAUGAAAUAUUUCUGAUCUUAAACUUUUGUUUA